AUGCGCCGCGAGAGGAUCCGCUGUGUCCGACAGUGGCGAAAUGAAGGCCCGCGGCGUGACUGUGCAUUUGUAGUGAAGGACAGCUCUCUUCCGGGCUUUCGUGGCUUGGAUGUUGUUCGAGUUAUGCUCCUCUUCUCGUUCACUUAUCAGGAAGUCGAGUACCCGUGUGCCCUUGUGCACUGGUUUGUGCCAGCGGACGACAAGCCUGAUGAGAAUACUGGGAUGUGGGUUGUUGAGCCGGACAUGGAUCCUCGGGGUAAGCCUGUCCUACAGGUAAUUCACUUGGAUACCAUGUUGCGCGCGGCGCAUCUCGUAGGUGCCGCAGGUCAUGAUUCUAUCCCACGGACACUCCAACAUUAUCGCGCCCUCGACAUGUUUCGGGCAUUUUAUGUCAACAAAUAUGCUGAUCACCACGCACACACAAUAGCCUUUUGA